GCUCAGAUCUCUCUUCAACUCCGUGACAGAAGCAGAAACAGAUUUAGGAAUAAGCCAGAGACCCAUGUACGCAAAUCCACUUGUUUAUUCAAAUCUCAUUCAACAAAACGUGGUGAGUGGCUGCGAGCUACCCCUCUUCUUUCAUCUUCAGUGUCUCCUUCAUAAUUAGUUGCUUAUGUAAAUAGGGGAGUUCUGGGUUUGCUUCUCGUUUUAAUGCUGUAUCCAGCAACCAAAAAAAAAAAGGAUUCCUUUCAUGGCCAGGUGAAGAGCAUCCAUCGAUUCUAGUCGGUCGGGACUUUUUGUACGUUCCAUUUCAUGGUCAAAUGAGGAGUGCCCAUCACUUGCCAACUUGUCUUUCCCAUUUCUGAUUCUCUUCAUUUCUUUCGAUCCUAUCCUAUAAGCUGGUCUUUCUUCGACUUUAUGAUUACUUUUUUUCUUUUGAUUUCCCGGAACCCAGAAAUUAUGCUUGCCUAGAAGCCCUGUUUUUAUUUUCUACAUAUUUUCUUCUUUCUUUCUGGGUUAUUUUGAUUCUCAACCGGGGAGUUUUCUAAUGGGAAGUGAGGGUUAUGUUCGUUUGCUGAGAUUUUUUGCACUGUCUACCCUUUUCCUCUUCGAAAUCUGUUGAGCCGGGUUUUGAAGGAACUCAAAUGAAUUGGAUCGACAAGAAUGGCUUUUUUCUUCUAUCUAACGACUCGGCAUUUGGUUUAGGCCUUAGAACUACCUCGGAUGUCACAUUGUUUGUCCUUGUUGUGAUGCACAUGGAGACCAAACAAGUGAUCUGGACUGCUAACAGGAAUUCCCCUGUUUCGAUGUCGGAUCCCUUCGAGUUCGACAAGAACGGCGACGUGUCGUUGCGGAAAGGAAGGAAAGUCGUUUGGACGACGAAUACCGGCGGCAAAGGAGUUUCAGCGAUGGUGUUGUUGGAUUCAGGGAACUUGGUUGUGCAAGGGAAUGAUGGCACGUUAAUCUGGCAGAGUUUUGCUCAUCCUUCCAAUACCCUUAUUUCGAACCAAGAAUUUAGACAAGGAAUGAGACUUGUGAGCGAGCCUACUAACUCCGGCAACUUUAGCUAUAUUCUCGAAAUCUUGUCCGGCGACAUGAUGCUUUCGGUCGGUUACUCGACUCCGCAGCCGUAUUGGUCCAUGGGGAAGGACACACGGAGGAACAUUAAUAAAAAUGGUGGAAAGGUCAUUUCAGCAUCCAUUGAUGGAAAUUCAUGGAGUUUGUUUGAUGAUAACAAAGCGUUGUUGUGGCAGUUUAGAAUCUCGGAUCCUGCUGAUGCAAAUGCCACUUGGAUUGCAGUGUUGGGGAGUGAUGGCUUUAUAUUUUUCUUCAAUCUCCAUGCUAAAGGAUCCCCGGAAUCGAUUAAGAUCCCGGAUGAUCCUUGUAGCAUACCAAAAGCUUGUGACCCAUAUCAUCUUUGUUCAGGAACUUCUUGCGUGUGUCCGUCACCGCUGACGCUUAGAUCCGGCUCAUGCGGAACAGGUAUCGACUCUCCUUGUAGUCUGGGAAGGGAAUCUGUAAGCCUUGUAGAUGCCGGAACUGGGCUCGAUUAUUCUGCGGUCAACUACGUUUCCCCAUCGUCGAAAACCGAUAUGAGUGGUUGCAAAGAAUCCUGCUCGAAUCGUUGUUCUUGUGUGGCUAUGUUGUACGAUAACAGCUCGAGGAAUUGCUUCCUUUUCGACCAGAUUGGCAGCUUCCAAAACUCUAAACAGGGACCUGGUUUAGUUGUUUUCGUCAAAAUGUCGAGCAAUGGAAAUGGUGCUGCGGGGGAUGGAGGCGGCAAAAAAAGCUUCCCAUAUGUCGUGAUUAUAGCUGUUGCUACGGUUCUAGUCAUUUUGGGCUUAAUCUUUGUGGCACAUCGAUACUACAAUAAAAAGAAGAAUAUGCCGGGAUCUCCUGAUGAUACGUCGGAGGAGGAUAACUUCUUGGAGACGUUAACCGGGAUGCCUACUCGUUUCACUUACGACAAUCUUCGGACUGCCACGGAUAACUUCUCGGUUAAGCUCGGGCAUGGAGGGUUUGGCUCGGUAUACAGAGGAACUCUUCCGGAUGGAACUCAAGUUGCCGUGAAGAAACUGGAAAACAUCGGUCAAGGGAAGAAAGAAUUCCGAGCCGAAGUUGGUAUCAUCGGCAGUAUCCAUCACGUCCACCUGGUGAGAUUGAAAGGCUUUUGUGCCGAAGGAAACUAUCGACUUCUUGCUUAUGAAUACAUGGCGAAUGGUUCCUUAGAAAGAUGGAUAUUCAAGAGAAACACCGGAGAUGCCCUGGUGGAUUGGGGAACAAGAUUCAAUAUUGCAAUAGGAACAGCUAAAGGGCUAGCUUAUCUCCAUGAAGACUGCGAUGCAAAGAUUGUGCAUUGCGACAUUAAGCCAGAGAACGUAUUGCUCGACGACAAUUUUGUAGCCAAAGUCUCCGAUUUCGGCCUGGCAAAGCUAAUGACUCGAGAGCAAAGCCAUGUUUUCACCACUCUAAGGGGCACCAGAGGGUACCUUGCACCUGAGUGGAUCACGAACUACGCCAUAUCAGAGAAGAGCGACGUCUACAGCUACGGAAUGCUGCUACUAGAAAUCAUCGGCGGAAGAAAAAACUUCGAUCCGGGAGAAUCUUCUGAGAAAUCUUACUUUCCAUCCUAUGCUUUCAAGAUGUUAGACGAAGGGAAGCUGACGGACAUCCUCGAUUCGAGGCUGACCAUAGAAGGCGAAGACGAGAGAGUUUAUACUGCAAUCAAAGUUGCAUUAUGGUGCAUACAAGAAGACAUGCAUCUAAGGCCAUCAAUGACAAAAGUCAUUCAAAUGCUAGAAGGUCUCUCUCCAGUCCCUAACCCACCAAUGUCGUCUCCAUUAGGAUCUCGUCUUUAUUCGGGUUUCUUCAAAUCGAUGACAAUGAGCGGAGACGGGACAUCAACGGCCUCGGCCUCGGCCUCAGCACCAUCGGACUGCAAUAGUGAUGCUUACCUUUCAUCUGUACGGCUUUCUGGUCCAAGAUAACAAUCACUUAA